GGCAUUUUGUGACGAUUCGAUUCUAUGUCGAAAUCAGUGUCAGUCAUGCACUAAAACUAAACUUCCAAACUAAACAAAACUUAACAUCCUGAGUGCCAACAGACCAGGGACUCAACUUUCCCUGAAAGCAAAGUGUGGAUGAUCAUGAUUGGCCAACUAUCUUUACUCAUUUACAAUUUUCUUAACAUUUGUUAUUAACAAAGUGUUUACCUAGAGAAGAAAAAUGAAAUUAAAAAUGCGGAAUUUUUCUUUAUGGAUACUUUUGGCUGUAAAUUUUCUGUGUCAAACAGCAACUUGUGAAAACAGGACUAGAGAUUUAAACAGCAUACAGGCUCUGUUUUCAUCUGCUGUUGCCCAAUCAAAAUCAUCCCUCUCCACAUUAGCUGCCUCUCAGGAUGUCUUAUGGUCAGCUAUUACAAACUCAUCAUCAUGCAAUCCAGACUGUCUGGCCUCAAGUGAAAACUUAUCAGUUUGUGUACACAAUAUGACUGAGUGCUUGACAUUAAAAGAUGUGAGUGUGUUGUACAAACUGGACAUGAAUGAACCAUUAACACAAGAGCAGAUACAAAAUAUUUCUCCUGCCUUGCUCUACUCUUUCAUCUCAUGUAAUCAACAAAAAAUACAAGAUAGAAAUAAAAACAAGUUAACAAAGCAUGCUAUGCCCACAUCCGAAGCUUCUUGGGGCUACAGCUUUUUGUUUGUUACUCUUAUAAAUCUGUCAUCAUUGACUGGAGCCCUUAUUCUACCAUGUACAAAGUUAAACAGCUAUAAAGUUCUACUUAUGUUUAUGGUGGCGUUAGCUGUUGGGACACUUGCUGGUAGUGGACUUCUCUUUCUUAUCCCAGAGGCCUUUCAUUUGGUCCAUGAUGAUGAUAUGAGUUAUAUAUGGAAAGCAAGUGCUAUCAUGGCAGGCAUUUAUCUUUUCUAUUUCACUGAGAAAAUAAUGAGGAUGAUAAAUUCAAGGAGGGAGAAUACAAACUUAAAAAAGAAACAUGAUGAACUGGCCACUGAAGGAACACUAACUACAUCAUUUAGACGAAUACCACUUGAUAAUUCCAUACCUGGCAGAGACUUGACACAGAUUCCUAGUAACAUAGGUGGGAUUUGCAGUCUACAAAUUCAUUCAAACUCCAGCUCCUAUUCUAUAUCUAGUCAAGGGACUAGCUUGGCUGGUCAGCAGACACCAGACACGCCUGAUGGUAACAGGGAAACAUUACUGCCUGACCAGUCUGGGGAUCAGAAUUACCCAAUCAUUAAAACAGCUGAUAAAGUUCACAGUAAUGGUCACUGCCAUUCACAUCACCAUCACCAUGCUGAAGAUGAAAUUGCUCCAGUGGCUUAUAUGAUCAUAUUUGGGGAUGCAUUACAUAACUUUAUAGAUGGCCUUUCCAUUGGGUCAGCCUUUACACAAAGUAUAAUGACAGGCGUGGGUGUAAGUGUGGCUGUCUUGUGUGAGGAGCUUCCACAUGAAUUGGGGGAUUUUGCCAUUCUUCUAAAUUCGGGAAUGAAAUUUAAAAAAGCAAUUUUGUACAAUUUCUUAUCUGCCUGUACAUGCUACUUUGGUGUUAUGCUGGGUAUUGUGCUGGGUGAGAACACAUCAUCACACGAGUGGGUGUUUGCAGUGGCUGGUGGAAUGUUCCUUUACAUUUCUCUGGUUGAUAUGAUGCCAGAGAUGAACACAGCAGCUGAAUCUGAAGAAGGCAAAAAGUUUGGUGAAAUGAAAACAUUUAUGUUACAAAAUGCUGGUCUCAUUACUGGCUACUUGAUUAUGUUGAUAUUGGCAAUAUAUGGUGGUAGUAUUGAAUUUGAAUAGAACUAAUACAUGAGACUCGCUUUUGGAAAUUUUGAAAAUUAAUUAUUAGCUUAUCACAUCAUCCAUAUUUAAUUUCUAGAAAUGUAACCAUUGACCAACUGUCAAAGUGUCCAAUGCUUUAAAAAUAUCUAAAGAAAGUACUUUUUAUUUUAUUUUUAGUGCAUUUAAAAACUUAUUAUUAUACAGAUAUGUAGGUAUUAUUUUUUCAAACAAUGCAAUAAAAAAUAUUAAACUACUAACAUAUAAACAAUCAUACAUCACAUCAAAUGAAGUCCAUGUAGCAUCUACAAAUACAAUGUUAGAUGUAAGCAGAAUUGUAUGGACUUGGUGCUAAAAACUAUGAAACUCAUUCAAUGCUGGACUGCCUUAAGAAUCUCUUGUGUUAGCCUGAACACAAAAGGCACAAGCUACUUCAGUAGGGGACGUUAUACCCUCAUAGAACAGUAAUGGAAUAUUAUGGUCAAGCAAUAGACUACUUGAUGUCUAACCAGAAAGUUACAUGAAUCAAGUAAUUAAUAUCAAAUCCAAUCCAAAAAUACAGGAAGCUCAGCUUAGUGCUGACCACACAAUCCCUUUAUAAUUAUGCUGAGGUCAAAAGAAACAAACUCUACUUCACCUGCCCCAUACAGGCCCAUCUGGUAGAAAGUAGAGUUGAAAGGAAGGCAGCUAUGAAAUGUGUCAAACAUUCUAUCCUCAAUUCUAUUUGUUUGUUAAUGUUUACUAAUUUUAAUGAGCCUAUGAGAUGCUAUGAUCACAAAAAGUGUAACUACAACUAGUUCAUUUUUAAAUAAUUAUUUAUUUUUUCAUUUGGUUUAUAGUGCUAGUCUAGUAAGUUCAGUAUUAUUUAAUUAGAUAACAUUACAAUUAUUUUGUAUAUGCUGUACAAGUUUAAAUAGCAUUAGUUGUACAUAAUUUUUGUUUUCUUUGUUGUAUUAUUUCUAUCAUGCAUAUCAAGCUGAUUAUAAAUUUUGUAGAAAUUUAAGUUUCAGUUAAAAAUAUAAUGUUAUACAUUCCAAAUCCAAAAUUACAAUUUCUUAUUUUUUAGCUUCAUAACAGAUAUGACAUGUUUCUCAAAUCAUGUGUAGAUUACUUUGCUGUUUGUAUCCAUCAUAUAGUGCUGGUCACUUUUUGGUUGUAUAGCUUUUCAUAAGCUUGGUCCAGCAUUUUAACAUCCAGUAAUCUUUGUACAGCACUAUUAUUUAUAGCAGGUUAUUUUAAUCCUUUUUUCUGGGUAUUAAGUGUUAUUUAUUUAUAUUUUAUAAAAGCAUUUAUAAUAAAUCUCUUAGGAAAAAGAAACA